AUGACUAUGACCAUUGAAGAUUCCACUUUACAAAAUUUAUUCCCUAUUCCCUUAACUUUCGAUUGUUUCGAAGAAAUCUUGUGUCAUCUAAUAGACUCUCCUAAAACUCUUUACUCAUGUAUACUGGUCAACCGUCUAUGGUGUCGGACUGCCAUUCCUCUUUUAUGGAGUCACCCGUUCGAAGUACAUGGCUUUGGUGAACGAUCUUCUGAUAUAAUUCAAAUUUACAUCUCUUGUUUACCUGAAGACGAACGUCAACUUUUAAUUGAUGAAGGUCUAGAUCUUUCUCCUUCUACUCCUCUUUUAUUUGAUUAUUCCAAAUUUUUACAAAGCUUUGAUUCGGCUUUUUUUACUGGUGCUAUAAUGUCUUGGCUUUCAACUCGUGCAAAUUAUCGUCUAGAUCCCGAGAAAGAUGAAGAUCCUGAUUUAUGUACUUAUACUUAUCUUGUACAAUGUGUAAUAGGAAAUUUAUUAUUUAGUCAUAGUAAAGGAUUAAGAGAUUUAGAUCUUGCUCAUUUUGAAGAUGAUGAUGAUUCUUUAAUAAUAGACAUUGCUACUUUUGAUGAUGCUAAUAAAGCUUUAUCAAGAUUAGAAAAUUUUCAAUUUGAUUAUUCAGGUUGGAAAUUAAAUGAUUUAGAUGAUGAUAAAUCUUCAGAAAUUAUUUCAAAUUUAUUUAAUUUUAUGGCUGAAUGUUCUCAUAAUAUUCAACAUAUUUAUAUUAAUAUUACAAAUUUAGCUGGUAAAGAUGAUGAAUUAGUUCAAAUUGCAAAAAGUUUUAAAAGAUUAAUCGAAACUCAAAAAGGUGUUAGAGAAUUAAUUAUUGUAGAAUUUUGGAGUCCUUAUGUUGCUGAUAUAUUAUUUAAUUCUUUAAUUUGUCAAUGGAAUUCUUUAACUUUUUUAAAAUUUCAUCAUUUAGAUAUUGAUCAAUUUAGAAUUUUAUUACCUAUUUUACCUAUUCUCGUUAAUUUAGAAACUUUACAAUUCUUGGAUUUUAUCGUUCCUAUAUUACAAAUGUCUAAUAAGAAUUUGAGAUCAUUAUAUUUAGAAGAUGUCACUCCUUCUCUCAUUCAACAAAUUGGAAAUAAUUGUAGAUAUUUAACGCAUUUAUCCUUAACUUUGGUUACUCCUGAAAUUCCCGAUUUAUUAUUUACUUUACUUAGAUCUUUACAAAAUUUGAUCCAUUUUUCUUUAUAUAGUAAUUCAACUGAAUGUCCUUUCCUUUCAACUGAUAGUUUAACUCAAUUUUCUGAGGCUAUACCGGAACGUUUAAAAUAUUUUGGGGUUAAAUUACAUAUUGAUGCUUGUAUACUGGAGUUCUUUUUAAAUCAAUGUAGAGCAAAAUUACACGUAUUAGCCAUAUAUCGUUCAGAAAUCGUUGAUAAUUUAUUUCUGGAUGUGUUGUAUAAGUAUGCAAAAAAUGUGGGAUCCUUAAAGAAAAUUUUGAUUAAUUGGGAUGGUGUAAUUGGUGUGUUGAAAACGAUGGUAAAUGUUAUUUAUGAUGUUGUUGAUCCUUCACAUCCAUUCUCUGGGUGGAUUUGGAAUUCUAUAGACUUAAUUGUAUUUUGA